AUGCAAAACACUAAAGUCGUGAAGGGUCGUUACUCUACCUACCAACUAAAGGAGGUCUUGGGCUACGGCGGCAGUGCAACAGUCUACCUUGGCGUUGACAUUGUAACGGAUCAGCUUGUAGCCGUCAAAAAGAUGACCGCGUCCGAUAACGCCACAGUACAGCGCUGGCGGGCUGAAGUGGAGACCCUGAUCGCCUUACGGGAUGACGCACGUGCACAGUCCUAUGUCAUUCGGUACCUAGAUCAUAUGCAGUCCAAUAAAACCAUCUUCAUUGUGGAGGAGUACGCAUCGAAGGGCUCCCUCCUGGCACAACUACAGAGCCGAGGACAUGGGUUCGAGGAGUGGGAUGCGGCACGGCUGAUGUAUCAGAUUGUGGCAGCCCUGGCAUAUAUUCAUAGCAGGAAUAGCAUUCAUCGCGACAUCAAAUGCGCUAAUGUGCUUGUCUGUGAUAACGACGAGGUGAAGCUUUCGGAUUUUGGGUUCGCAGGGCCUAGCGUCGCUACGUUACCAGAGGGGGGGCACGACGCGGUCGGCUCUGUGUAUUGGAUGUCCCCAGAAAUGGCGCGUGGUGAGUCUUUAGAUCCAAGUAGUGAUGUGUGGUCUCUCGGAUGUUUGUGUGUGGAGUUACUCACUGGGAAGCCGCCCUUCGCAGAUCGACCGCCUGCGAAUGCCCUUCAUCAUAUCAUGACAUGUCAAACACCGCCUUUACCCUCGCUGCCGUUAUCUGAGGACUGCUUAGAGGUUUUGAAAGCGUGCUUUGUGAUCGACCCCCAUGCGCGGCCUACGGCAGUGGGUUUGCUUGAGUAUCGUUGGUUCAUGGAUGCAAAAGUUAGUGCCUGGUUAGACCGAGCGGUCACAGAGAAGGAAAAUUGGCAAAGAGAGUCCCCUCCUUCCGAAGACAGGGUGCGCGGGGUGGCACAUAAGGAAAAAGCUAAAACCUUUUUUGGCCGCACAGACGAGGUCAGACUGGGCGAAUGGGUUGAAAACUGUCUUUUCUCCAUAUCUGCGACGCAGUGUGUGCGAUGGUUGCGUGGAGGCAACCUUGGCAAGGUGAUCAGCAUUCUAGAAUUUAUCACAGCAGAUGAGGCCUACUCCAUCCUCCGCAGCUUCGCAUUCGCGGCGGAACGCGAGAAAGCAGACGAGAGCCUUUUCCUUGACACUCUAGGCUCGACCACGCUAUGGGACUACAGGUAUAAAACAUUAACUAAGGAUACACCGGAUCAUCUGGCAACAAUUUUCUCGUGCUGCUGCGACAAGCAGGAUCCGGUAGUUCCCCACUUUGCACCGUCGCAUCCGGGUGCUGUGCAUUUUGUUUUGCACUGCGAACAUGCGUCCAUCGAGGAGCGCUGUAUCGAGGCGAUGUGUCGUCUCUACGUAGGCGACGAUUCGUAUCCCAUAUCCUCAUCCCAGCAGCACGAAGGACGUGGGGGAAGGCAAAAGGACGAGGAGGGGGAGCCGUGGAGAGGGGAGACCGGGCCCAUGGGAGGGUCUGCCAAAAGUCUCCCCGACGUGUGCGCCGGUAACCCGGAGCUUCAAGCGAAACGACAGCAGCAGGCCCGUCGUCGCAGGUGUGCCCAACAGCGCCUUAUCGCCGACGGUGGCUUUUCGAUAAUACGCCGCAAAGUCGUGGAGGUGUGUCAGCGGGCGAUCCUGUCGAAGGAGGCCCAAGACGACGUCCCGGCGAGGGAGUGGGGCAUCGUGGACCGGCUCUGUCAGAUCCUCUGGGAGACCGCGAGACAGACCGAGGCCGGGGAGGACCACCUGUGGGGCCUCACCUCGGCCGCGGUGGAUACGGAAAAGAAAACCGCCUCGACGACGGCGGCGGCAGCAGGUGGCAACUCGGAGGCCAGUACGGCGGCGAGGGACGGCGAGGACGCUAGCGGAGAGCACGACAACACCUCAAAGGAGAAGUUUGGAGGGGCUGCCGCGCCUACGGUGCAGUGGUAUCUAUCGCUACAGGAAGCCAAUCGUCAUGGCUGUCAACACGCGAUUCACAUGCUAUUAGCCCUCCUUCGUCAUCUUGUUCAACACCAUCACGACUACCUCAAGGUCGCGGGACGAAGUUUAGCAGGGGGGCUUCUCACUGUUUGGCAUCAGAAAGACGUCCCACGGAGCCUCCGGCUUGAGGCGCUGUCAUUUCUGCCUACCCUUCAGCAGGUCUCCCCGCGUGCUUCAGAGUUUUUGCGGGACGGCAAGGGUUGUGUGCCGGUGCUAGCGUACGCCAUCAAGAGGUGCUCACUUGAUGAAGGCGAGAGUGAAUGUCUAGAAGGGAUUCUAAGAUGUGUGAUUCGACUCUGCACAGACAAGCGAAUGGCGGUUGAGUGUGCUAAUAACCCCCUCAGCUUUAUCGCGGUGGGGCACGCAGUGCGGGUCGCUAUGACAUGCCCCAAUCUUCGUCAGCGCGCCUUGCUGGCAUCCCUUGCUGUGCAGCAGCUCCAUACCCUCUGCCGUUUGAACCCUGUGUUAGCUAAAACAUCCGUCGAAGUGGCUGCACAGACUGCCUUGCAUUGCCUUGCACAAGAAGGUGCGAAGUGGGGCAUAGAAACCACUUCCAACGUCGCAACGGAGUUGCUGUGCUAUAUAGAAGGUAGUGUCACUGAAUAG